GACCAGCGACCAGCGCAAGCGCGCCACACUGCGCACAACAGGCCGUUCGAGGGGCGGCACCAGACCGGUGUCUGAAUUAUGGGGGCUCCUAUGGGUGUAAGAGUUCUUCUGUGCGCAUGCAUAUUUUUAUGCCCCGGGAUUUUUGGCAGCACACUGCAAUGCCGAGAUGAAAACAACUUACCUGUUGAUUGGUUUGUGGCAAUUAAACUACCUCGCCUCAAAAAUAGUGAAAAUGUGAAUGUGAAGAAUGGUGUGGGCUACAUGUUUAUUUCUUCAACUUCAACAAAUAAAAGCUGGACAUUGUCUUCACUAACUGUUAGUGACCCUAAUUCUAUUAUGGGGAACACAUUGAGGCCCUUGUAUGAUGGCCAGGCUUCAAAAUAUGCUCGAAUAUUGUACAAUGAUGCGCCACCUCACAGUCCAACAUCCAUGACACUAGGCCACACAAAAGGUGUGGCUAUGGGGGAUAGCUCAUCUGGUUUCUGGCUGGUCCAUAGUGUUCCACACUACCCACCAGAGGCCAGUAGCAAUGUUUACUCUUACCCUAGCACUGGAAUGAUGUAUGGCCAGAGCUUCCUCUGCAUCACUUUACUUCCGAAGGAUCUCAACAUAAUUGGUUACCAACUUAUGUAUAACGAGCCAUACAUUUAUGAUGCUGAGGUGCCUCAAACUUUAAGUGGUUCCAUGCCGAAUUUCACGGCAGCUGCUAAGGGAGAACACAUUCCGUCCGCUCCCUGGUUUCAUGCAGAACAAUUUUCUUCAAUUGAUGGUAUACCUUUUACAUCUUUUGCAAAAUCUAAGAAUUUUGGCAAAGAUUUGUAUGCUGACUGGGUGGCUCAGACCCUGAAGACAGACCUCCUUGUAGAAACAUGGAACCAUGGUCCAGGUGCUAAAAUGCAAUCAGAAUGUGGAAAGCCCUACAAGGUUGAAAAUGUGGAAAGCAUGGAUCUUAAAAAUUUCUCAUUUAAUACGGGUGAAGAUCACUCUAAGUGGGCCGUAUCAUCUAAAGAAUACCAGGCAUGGAUCUGCAUUGGUGAUAUCAACAGAAUGGAGCACCAGAAACAACGAGGGGGUGGAACUGUAUGCUUUCAAAGUACACAACUUUUCCAUGCGUUCCAUGAUUCCAUUGAAAAUCUUGAUGUUUGUCCUGCUGGUACGAUGUCCUUAUGAGAUGAGAACAGUCUUUAUCUUUAAUUUGAAUAUUGUUUAUUCCCAUUUCAAGUGAACUGUACACCUAACUAAACAUGAACAUCACAUAAAUAGAAAUUUUACAUAUCUUACACCUUGGCUCUGAGUUUCAGAUAAAUGUUUUUAGAAAAGAACACCGAUUACUGAAAGAGGAGGACUCAGAGUAAUCUGAGAAAUGGAAGUCAUAGUUAAAAGAAAAUCUUGACAAUUGUGACAAUGAAACAUGGUUUGUAGUAGACAAAAGGCCUAAAUCACAGCAAGAGUACUUGAUGUUAAACUACAAAAAAAAAAAA